AUUAUUGCAAAGUGGAAGCGUUUAGGAACAACAGAAACUCAGCCAUGAAGGGGCAGACCAGAUAAAGUACAGAGUGGGGUCACCAAGUGCUGAGGUGCAUAGUGUGUAAAAGUCAUCAAAGCUCUGUUGGCUGAAUAGCAGCAGAGUUUCAAACUUACUCUGUCAUUAACUCCAGCAGAAAAAAUGUGCACCAGGAGCUUCAUGGAAUGGGCUUCCAUGGCCGAGCAGCUGCAUGCAAGCCUCACAUCACCAAGCACAAUGCCAAGCAUCGGAUGGAGUGUGGUAAAACUCCAUGACCAUGAGGGUCCUGGUCGGAUCUCUGUUGCUGUGGAGCACCUUCACUCUUGGUGGAACCACAGAAAAGAACGUGGCUCUGUGGGGAACAGCAAUUCAGUCGUCUGACUGGACCAACAACAAUCUUGCUGCAAAGGCCAUCGAUGGAGUUCGCAAUACAGUGUUCAGCCAGAAUUCCUGUUCCUGCACUAAAGCAGAAACUAAUCCUUGGUGGAGAGUAAACCUGCGGGUGGAGUACAUAGUCACGUCUGUCACGAUCACCAACAGGGGGGAGUAUCACACAAGGAUCAAUGGAGCUGAGAUCCGCGUCGGAAACUCUCUGGAGAACAACGGCAACAGCAAUCCCAGGUGUGCUGUCAUCUCCACCAUUCCACCUGGCAGCUCCAGCACCUUCUACUGCCACGGCAUGAAAGGACGAUAUGUCAACGUGUUCAUCCCAAGAUACGAGUACCUGACGCUGUGUGAGGUGGAGGUGCAUGCAAGCCCUGUGAUUGAAAAUGUGGCCUUGAGGGGCAGAGCGACCCAGUCAUCCCAGUUCAGCUUUGAAGGUGCUGCAGACAAAGCCAUUGAUGGAAACCGCCAUGCAGUCUACCCUGAUGGGUCCUGCUCCCACACCAAGCCUCAGACUGACCCUUGGUGGAGGGUGGAUCUCCUGGAUGUGUACAGAGUGACCUCAGUCAAUAUCACCAACAGACAAGACGCACAUACAGACAGGAUCAAAGGAGCUGAGAUUAGAAUUGGAAACUCCCUGGAAAACAAUGGCAGGAGCAACCCACUGUGUGCUACUAUUUCAUCGGUCCCUCCUGGAAACACCUACACCUUUAAAUGUCCUGACAUAGAGGGACGUUAUGUUACCGUCAUCAUACCAGGAGAUAAGAAGGUCCUGACCCUGUGUGAGGUGGAGGUGAUUGCAUACCCCACUAUUGUCUAAAGUACAGAUACGUGCCACUGUGGGUGAGAUGGUUUGGGAGCUCUGCAAGGUCACUUGCAUCAUCAGGAACCCAGAUUAUGACCCUACAUACUGUCUAACCACCAUGCUAAUUAUUUUUACAAAGAUUUUGCAAUGGAAUUGAACAAAUCUUUCAAAUUAAAAUG